AUGGCUGGCAAGGAAGCCCGAGAGGCAGCCCCCAAAUUUAUUUUGGGGGGGAACACGGGGAGUGUGGCAGAGUCAGGAAGCAGACCUGAGCCAACUCCCCAUGCUUACCGUGGCGAGCAUGGGACUGGUCAGGCCCCGUGCUAUGGGGUGAUGCGCACGGUACCAAGGCGGAGUAUUCACAGGUCGGUAUGCUCGGUGCCAGCGUACCGCAUUUGCCGGGAGGAAGCUGGCAUCCAGCCAGAACGGGUGGGGCCAGCUCUGCGCUCGAGACCACCAGUGUGCCUCCACAGCCCUGUGUAUCCGAUGCUUGGCCUGCAUCUCCAUAGCAACACUGGAGGAGAUAAAAUAUUUCAGGUGGCCCUGGACUUCUGGAGAGCAGGGCGAGACAGAGAUGGAGCUGAAGGAUUUGGAAACACCGCUCUCCUUGUCCAACAACAAAUCAAGUUACACGUGUCUAAUGUUAAGAUUAGUCCCUUCUGUGUUUAUAAUCCUGGAAUUAGAAAACAAGGCUUUUUAGACCUCAAAUACAAAAUUCAUUUUUUAUUCUGUCCAUCCUUGUUUCUUUUCCCUAACCCGUCACAUCUGAUGUGUGACAUGGUUGAGAUGGCUGCCAAGGGCCUGAAGCCCAACCAGGAAGUGGCUAACCAGUCGGCCAGAGAAAUGAUUUACUUCCCCAAAACAGAGAAGCUCUUCUCCGUAAAGGGCUGCAAGACCAUCAGCAGCAAGCUGGACCAAUGCACAGCGUUGCAGUUAGCAGCUGCGGAGUGAACGAUCUACGAAUCAUAAUGAGUAGUAAUUUAUGAUGAAAGGUGAUUUUGUAGGUCUGAUAAAUCGGUCUGUAGAUGCCGACGGCAAAGAAAAAGGGAACAUCUACCACCUACUCUUCUGUGGGGACUUUGGAUGACCCUCAGGUAUCUGGACAUCAACGGGCUUGCCUGCUGUCAGACUUUUCUGAGGAGUGCAGGGGACUUGUAUAGGCUGGCUUUCUCCCACCAUCCUUUUUCACAAGCAUUGCGCUUAAUCAGUUUUGAAGGACCCCCCCCCUUCUCAGAGCGCAGUCACAUAUGAAUCUUGUUGAGGCAAUAUGCAACCAAGAAAAACAAAUGACAACUAUUUGACAAACACUUUUAGUCACAGUCCAGAAUUUAGUUACCUUGUUGCAAAAUAUGCCUGAUGUUUUCUCCAUCAUAUGGUUUAACCACAGAUGUCUGUUAUUCCAUGCCAGCCCCAACUCUGGCUGUAUGUUACAGGCAGUCUGUAUAGAGGAGCGGUUUCCUGGACACAGAUUAAGCCUAUUCCUGGACUAUUAAACAAGGUCAAUGGAGAGUCUCCAUAAAUGCUUUAGUCCAGUACUAGGCUUAAUCUGUGUCUGGAAAAA